ACUUCCACAAAGAAGAAGAGAGUGUUGCGCCCUAGAAAGGCAUUGAUAACGUUGACGUCCAAUGCCGUAGACCACUUGCAGGCCUUGUUGAACCAGCCGCAACCCAAACUCAUCAGAAUAGGAGUGAGAAACAGAGGCUGUUCUGGUUUGACGUACAAUUUAGAGUAUGUAGACCAGCCAGGCAAGUUUGACGAGUUGAUAGAACAGGAUGGAGUCAAGGUGUUGAUUGACUCUAAGGCCUUGUUUUCCAUUGUUGGUUCAGAAAUGGACUGGUUGGAUGACAAAUUAUCUUCUAGAUUCAUCUUCAAGAAUCCAAAUUCCAAGGGAACAUGUGGAUGUGGAGAAUCGUUCAUGGUUUAA